AUCCGAGCCGCGAGUCGUCCUCCCACGCACCUCCAGCCCACUCCCCUCCUUAUUUGAAGGCGCUCCUCGGCUCCGGAUCUCAGUCAGCGCAGCUCUCUUCUGCCGCUGCGGAGGGACGAGAGCUGAUGGUACAACUGGGUCGCAUUUUCCCCGGUUGAACAUUUACUUCUACAAGAUGAAACCUGUGCUCAUCGUUGUUUUGGCUCUCCUUGCAGAAAGUGUAGCGCUUCCUGUGGGCAAAGAGGGACAGAGAGAUGAUGAGGUAGCACGAUGUCUGGUUGAAGUCCUGUCCAAAGCGCUCUCCAAGCAGGAUGCCCAUUUGGAUCAGGGAUGCAAAGAAAUUCUCCAAGCAGGGGUCAAAUAUGCCCCGACAAACAGAAAGACUGCUGAGGGGAUUGCGUAUCAGGAUGCUGUCUCUCACAACGGGGAACCUACAGCAAAGACAGCAGAUGUCAAAGACAUCGAGGCGCUCCUGAAAUCUGUGGAGGAAAAGAAGGAAACCCCUGAAGAUAAGCCGAACCAAGAAUCCUGGAGUCUGACAGAGAAGAGGGAGGGGAAUGAGGAUGAGGAGAUAAGGGAGAAAAGGAGCAGAUGGAGGCCUGGAAGAUUCCACCAGAGGAGGAGCAAACGAGGAGAGGAAGAUUACGAUCGGAGUCAGGAGAGUUGGGGAGGGCUGGAAAGGAGGUCUGAGGAUGGAGAAGAGGACGAAGAUAGUGAAGAACGAGAGAAGAGGAAUUGGAGGCCUGGAAGGCACCACCAAAGAAGACACAAGCGGGAUGAGGAAGAUGGGGGAGAGCCAGAGGAGGAACGCAGUCAAGAGGACUGGGACGUAGAGAAAAGGCAGGAUGCGAGAGACAAGCGGAUAUGGAAACCCACACAUCGCUAUCAUCACAAGAUAAAGCUCCACAGACGCAGCGAUGAACCAUCAGAGGGUGAAGAAUAUGAAGACCGCAGUCAGGAAUCAUGGGAUGUUGACAAGAGGGGCUGGAGGCCUGGCAGAUUCCACCAAAGGAGGCAAAAGCGGGAUGAGGAGCUUUCGGAAGAAGCUAAGGAAGAACCUGAUGAGGAACGCAGCCAGGAAUACUGGGAUGUCGAUACUGGAAGAGAAAAGCGGGAGUGGAGGGCUGGCAGACAUCACCAAAGGAGGCACAAGCGGGAUGAGGAGCUUUCAGAAGAAGCAAAGGAAGAACCCGAGGAGGAACGAAGCCAGGAAUACUGGGAUGUUGAUACUGGAAAAGAAAAGAGGGAGUGGAGGGCCGGCAGACAUCACCAAAGGAGACACAAGCGGGAUGAGGAACUUUCAGAAGAACCUGAGGAAGAACGCAGCCAAGAAUACUGGGACUUUGAUACCGGUAGAGAGAAGAGGACAUGGAGGCCUGGCAGGUAUUCACAAAGGAGGCACAAACGUGGUGAGGAGCUUCCAGAGGAAGCCAGGGAAGAGCCCAAUGAAGAACGCAGCCAGGAAUACUGGGAUUUUGACAAAAGAGACGAGAACGAAGAUGAAGAGAGAGAGGAAAAGGACAGAGAUGAAGCCCUGAGGUAUCUGGCCGAGAAGCGCAAUCCCUGGAUUUACAGAGGCUAUUACCACCCUGCCUGGUUUAAGAGAGACUCAGAUGAACAUGCAACUAAGAUGGAUGAACUGACCAAACUACUGAGCUACAAGUUAAACCAGCUGGCUAACCACUCCGAUAAAGAGGAGGUGAAAAGGAGUCCACAGCAGAGACAACUCACUCCACAGGAGGAGAAAGAGCUGGAAAAUCUGGCCGCAAUGGACAUGGAGCUGCAGAAAAUCGCAGUCAAGCUGCAUGACAAGACCGCAUAAUCCUGGAGCUUUUUACUACCAUCUGUGAAUAAUGCCAAGUUUGUCUAUUUAAUGUGAUUCAUGUUAAAAAUGGAACAAAAAUAAUGCAAGUAGGCUUGCAACGUGUUAACUGCUUCGCUCACUGUUUAUGUGAUGUAAUGUAUAACUGAACAGCAUGGGAACGGCUUGGAUGUUUAUAUGCGUUGUGUGAAAAUGAGAAAAUACCAUGAGACAAAAUAUUGUCAUGUAUUUCAGCGCUCAUUCUGUUUGCACUCAAUAAAAAAAGGAGUUAUCCUGGGA